AUGAGUGACCAGGAUGUUGUUAAAAUCUGCGGUGUUUGUGGUGAUAAAACAAAUGGUUAUUAUAACUUCAAUGCAAUUACUUGUGAUUCUUGUAAAGCCUUUUUCAGGAGGAAUGCCUUUAAAAGAGAUCAAUUCAAAUGUUAUUUCGACAACAAUUGCAAAAUAGACUUUAAGACGCGGAAAGUAUGCCGAAAAUGUCGAUUAAAUAAAUGCUUUUCAAUAGGAAUGAAACAAACAAUCAGCUCUCCUAUUGAUUCAUCUCUUAAUAAAGAUAACACUUCUUCGGCACUCAUGUGUAUUAAUGAUAAUACAAAUACCGUUAAUUCAAAUAGUAAUGAAAUGGUAGUCCCGUGUAUACCACCCCUCAUAACUGACUAUAAGAAUAAUUUUAACGAAUUAGAGGGCAAUAGGAUGACUGAAUUAUUGAGUGCCGCACACGUGAUGAAGAUCUGGCUGACCGACGCCCAGACAUACCUCAUUAAACACCCGGUUAUCGAGGAGGCCUGUCGGGCGUGGGCUCUCAUGUGUGUCCAAGAAGUGGAUAAGUUGGUGAAGAUGACCAAGAGUUUGGUGGCUUUCAAUGGUAUUUGCGAUAACGAUAGGAUAGCACUCAUUAAAUAUGGUUCCGUCGAGGUCUUCAUUAUGAGACUCAUAAUGCUAUUUAAUUUUGACUCCAAUUCUUGGAUUCUGGUUAAUGGGCCAAAACAUUCAGUAGUUUUGAAAAUGGAUUUAUUAAAGGAGUGCAGAAAAUCGCUGUUUGACGCCUACGAUAGCUUUCUGAGACAUAUGGGCCCGGAAUGGGAUUCAGACCCUAUUAUUAUUGAUUUGGUAUACGUCUAG